AUGCGGGCUUCGUGGUGGAUCGGAGUCUGGGCCUCAUUCCUCCCAUCUGUACUCUCGAUCGAGACGGCGCCCUUUUCAGCACCGCAAACUAUCGAGUCCAAUAAACGAGCCUUCGAAGUCCUCCAGGUUCUCAGGCGAGCCGACAACAACUGCCCGACAGGAUACAAUCCGUGUACCAGUCUGGGCAACUCGAGCGCCUGUUGCAGACAAGGAACAACCUGUUCGCGCGAUGCCGCCAACAACAUCGCCUGCUGUCCGACCGGUGCCAGCUGUACAGGCAGUUUGACCGGAGCAUCGACAGCCACAAACACCGGUACUAGCUUCAUCUUCCCCCAGGGUGCGACUGCGGCGACGACGACAACGACCGCCGCCUCGGGCGGUGCCUCGAUCACCGGCUCCACGAUCUCCGGGGCAUACCCGUUUAUUAAUGUCCCAACAACCUUUGCUAAUGCCGCCACCUGCUCAUCAUACUACUCGCUCUGCCAGUCGGAAUACUCUCAAUGUACUGCGCAGCUCAUGGGACGCUAUGGAGUGACGAUCGGAGGAGCGGGCGGGGCAGGCGUAACGGUGGAAGCCGUGACUGCAACCGCCCAGGCGACUUCGAUCUGCUCUAGUCUGAGCCAGCAGGCCUGCCAUGGACUUCAAUUGAACUACUGCGCAACUGCGGCGACGGGCACAGCAAAUGCUGCUAGCGGGAAUGGAGCGCUGCCUGUGCGGACGACGAGUCUCCAUGACUUAAUGCUGGGCCUGAUGGUAGGCAUUGCAGGAGUGUUUAUUUGA